CUCUUAACUUCCACAAAUUAGUAACCACAUCAUUCUUUGUAACAUAAUAUUUUCUUUCCUGUUUUCACCAUUAUGUCGGCAAAAAACGAUCUAUGCAUAAUGGUUUCUGAUAAUAAGUCCGAACAUGAAAAUCGCCAUGUGUCUAUGAAGGAAGACUAUGACUUUGACUACUCGCAAAGGGGACAAUGGCUGCGUGCCGCUGUUCUUGGAGCGACGGAUGGUUUGGUUUCUGUAGCAUCUCUGAUGAUGGGUGUUGGAGCUGUCAAACAUGAUGUGAGAGCCAUGAUUCUUACCGGCUUUGCUGGUUUAGUUGCUGGUGCAUGCAGCAUGGCAAUUGGUGAGUUUGUUUCAGUGUACUCCCAACGAGACGUUGAAGUGGCUCAGAUGAAGCGAGAUAGAAAAAAUGCUGGAAACAAUGAUCAGGAAAGUGAGAAGGAAGCACUGCCAAAUCCCAUUCAGGCUGCCGCAGCAUCAGCCUGUGCAUUUAUGAUAGGAGCCAUCAUGCCCUUACUUGCUGCUGCUUUUAUAGUCAACCAUAAGAUUCGGCUAGGUGUGGUUGUAGCCACAGUGAGCUUGGCGCUUGUGAUUUUUGGGUGGAUUGGAGCUGUUUUGGGCAAGACUCCUGUGCUGAAGUCUUGUUUGAGACUUCUGGUCGGGGGGUGGAUGGCUAUGGUCGUUACUUUCGCAUUAACCAAGUGGAUAGGCUCUACUGGAUUGUAGUGUUUUCCUAUAUUGUUCCUCUAUGAACAUGCUAUAUGGUUUUGUUAUAUCCGUAAUGGAGUACUGGUUGUCUAACUCACAAAAAUAUUAAUAGAUCAAGGAAACUACUCAAAAACUUGAUUACAAA